GUGCGAAGUCCACAGUGUUGUGACUUCUGGUAUCUCAUUCACGUGGUGCACAGCGACUCGUGAAUAAGUAAACUUAGAAAAGUGUUGAUCCGCGAUCAGUUUAUGUAAACAAUAAUACAAGUAAAAUGUUCAAAAUUUUGAUUGCAGUGGGUUUGCUUUUAAUUGCAUAUUAUUUAGGAUAUAAAUAUUAUGGAGAUCAACUUCAAAUACCUCCAAGGAUAGUCGAGGAAGAUUGGGGCUUGCAUGACAGACCGUAUGCGACCACAAUAAGACCGUUCAAAAUAAAUGUAUCACAGGAUGUAAUUGAUGAUUUGAAACAACGAUUGUCAAGGACACGGUAUUCAGUGCCACCUCUUGAAAAUACAGGAUGGACGUAUGGAGUGUCUAGUAAAUAUUUGAAAGAGAUUGUCAAUUACUGGAAGGAUCAUUACAAUUGGUAUGAGAGACAAGAACUGCUUAAUAAGUAUCCUCAGUUUAUUACGACCAUCCAAGGAAUUGAUAUCCACUUUUAUCAUGUAAAGCCAAGUAAACUGCAAAAUGAAGAUGGGAGACAAUUGAAGGUAUUUCCACUAUUGUUGCUCCAUGGAUGGCCAGGAUCUGUAGUUGAAUUCCAGAAAAUUAUUCCUCUGUUGACAACUCCACGACCUGGCAAAGACUUUGUUUUUGAAGUCAUUGCCCCAUCUCUACCAGGAUUUGGCUUCUCUGAAGGAGCUGUACGUCCUGGUCUAGGACAUACUCAGAUGGCAUUAAUAUUCAAGAACUUGAUGGAUCGUUUACGUUUCAAUCAGUUUUUUACCCAAGCUGGUGAUUGGGGGAGUGUUAUAUCAACAGAUAUGGCAAUAUUAUUUCCUCGUCGGAUAUAUGGCACUCAUUUGAAUAUGUGUUCCAUAAGAAUCACUAAACCAUCAAUCUGGUUAUUCUUGGGGGCAUUAUUUCCUUCUUUGGUAGUUGAACCUGAAUAUGCACCCAGAAUUUACCCAUUAAAAUACCAUUAUGGAAGAUUAUUGGAAGAAACUGGCUACUUUCAUAUUCAAGCUACUAAACCGGAUACUCUUGGAGCUGCAUUGACAGAUUCUCCUGCCGGCCUUGCAGCAUGGAUUCUUGAAAAAUUUAGCACAGCAACACAUGAAGAAUUUAGAUUUAGAGAUGAUGGUGGACUUUUAAUUAAAUUCACUAUCGAUGAGUUGUUGGACAAUGUCAUGAUUUACUGGGUUACUAAUACUAUAACAACAAGUGUUAGACUUUAUGCUGAAAGUUGUACAUCUGAAAACUUUGGAAAAUUAAACUCAUUUCCAGUAAAAACAUAUCUCGGAUGUGCAGUUUUUCCUAAUGAAAUAGCAUACGUUCCAGAAUCUAUUGUAAAAACUUAUUUCAAAAAUCUAAUUCAAUAUGAUCACUUGCCUGCAGGAGGACAUUUUGCUGCACUCGAAGAACCGAAGAUACUUUCAGAUAAUGUGUGGUCUUUUGCUGAAAAAGUGGAUAGAAGAAAUCCCGAUCUUUGAUAGAUAAACUUUAAAAAUGAAUGAUAUUUUUUUAUUAUUGUCAUUAUGUUUAAAUAUAAAUUAGAUAAUAUUUGAGUAAUAAAAAAAAAAUUACCAAAGUCUCUUUACCCAUAAAAAA